AUGCGAGACCCACGCUUUGCCAUCUGCACCCCUCCCUAUUCCCCCUCUCGGCUCUGUGUGUUGGAGAUUAAGUCGGUGGAUGUGGGUGUGGUGGCUAUCAGAGGCCUCAGCAGUAACUACUACCUGGCAAUCAGCAAGAAGGGAGAGCUGUAUGGAGCGAGGGACUUUGGUCCGGACUGCCGUCUGAUUGAGCGCAUCGAGGAGAACAAGUACAACACCUACGCCUCUGCAGAGUGGCGCAACAAGAAGAAGCACAUGUUUGUGGGACUCAAUGCCAAUGGCAAGCCAAUGAAGGGGAAGAAGACUCGCAGGAAAAACACAACCACUCACUUCCUGCCCAUCGUGGUGCAGCCGCGAUGACCGGACCCUGGUUCAGCUCUGCAUACCGGAGGGUUUUAGUGUGACUGUGCUGUGCGACCUUUUUGGAGCAAUAGGAGGCUGCAACGAUGGCCAUUUUGGACAGAUCUGCGUGAGGAGGAUUUGCUGCACUGAGGAGGAACGAAUCAGAACUUAUAGACAAUAUCACGUGGAGGAACUGUUUCUGUUGACAAAGACCUUUCCGUUUUUAAAGUAAGACAAUACUAAGUAAAAUAAUAAUAAUAAUAAUAAUGACAGAAAUGUUAACAGCAGAAAGAGGAAAGUUUAUUUUUUGUUUUAAAUUAUAAAGUAUAUAGGCAUAGACGAAAACAUGAAAAUAAAAUCUGUGCCAAAAUUUGAUUUUAUACAUGGAUGAAAAGUUGGAGUAAAAAAGGAGGCGGACUGGACGAAAGGACAAUGAUUCAGAUUUUCGCAAUAGGAAAGUGUGUGUCAGGGAGACAGUUACAGGUAGUGAUCUAGUUGUAAAUGUGUGUGAUAUGUGGAUGCAGUUAUUUAUACGAUACUAACUUCUGCGGGUUAUUUAUGCUGUACUUACUCAUGCAAGGGGCUGAUAUGGUACAGAGCUAUGCAGACGUGUCCAUGAGAAUGAAUCCAUAAUUACACUGUAAAAAAUAAUCAGCUGGUUUAACUUUAAAAAAAGUAAUCUGAGUAAUUCUGAGUGAUCUAGCUGAGAUUACUCAGAAAGGGCUUGUCAUAGGUUGCCUUACCUUUUUUUUAAAUUAAACCAGCAGAUUAUUUUUUUACAGUGUACAGUUGCCCCAUGCUCGAAGCACUUGACUGUGGAGAAUUGAAUGGACAAAAGGAAAGAGAAGAGGGAUAAGAGGAAGGGUAAUGGAGGAAGCAAAGAGAAGGUUCAGCAGGUUUGGGUAUAAGAAAAGAAAGGGGAUUAUCAAUCUGGGAAAAUAAAUGAUAUGGAGGAUGAGAGGACAGGAAAGGCAUGGGGAGGAGGAUGGGGACUAGCAAACAUAUGGGGAUGGGAAAUGAGUUAGACCCAGAAGAAUACAGUCAAGUUAGUACGAGGACGUUAACAACAAAUGUAACACAUAUUAUCAACAUACAACAGUCACUGCAUUGGGUUUUUUUUUCAUUCCUUUCACCUGACUGCUUUGAAAUUAUUUAUUUUAUGUAAUAUUUAACAAAACGAAAGAACAAAAAAACAUGGAAAGGUCAAACUCUUUUAACAUUUAUGCUUUUCUUUUUGAAUACUAAUCUAUCAUUUAAACAUGA